AUGUCUGCGCCUACCGAGUCUCCGGCCAUUGCCCCUGAUGCAGCUCCCGUUGCAGCGCCAGCACAGGCUCCUGUUCAAUCUUCUGCACCUGCUCAUUCCAGCCCUAUCAAUGAUGAUGAUGUGAAGCACUGGAAGGAUCGUUUCAACGAUGUCUUGUCUCGACCUGGUGAACACAUCAACUCCAAGUCUCCAGCUGGCGCCUCUCAAUGGAGCACAAGUCUCUUCGAUUGCUUUUCCCCCAUUGACACCUGCCUCAUCACAUGCUAUUUGCCGUGUCUGACGUUUGGAAAAACGCACCAUCGAGUUCACAAGAACGGAAAGUUGGAAGGUUAUGAGCCUGUCAACACCUCGUGUCUCCUUUUCUGUGUGCCUGGUCUGCAUUGUAUCCUUGCGAGCAUGCAACGAGCUUCCAUCCGCGAAAAGUACAAUCUUGAGGGCAGCUGCAUUGAGGAUAUGGCAAAGUCCUACUGCUGUGCUUGCUGUAACCUCAUUCAGCUUGACAAGGAGUCGGCACAUCGCGAGGCUCUCCUGAACAACGUCAAUUCUGAGCAGUAUAAGUCUAACGAGGGCAUGGCAUAUCCCGGAACCAACUAG